ACCAAUGCAAACAUCGAGUCUGAAAGACUCAAUGAGGUCUUGAAAUUUUCAAAGUAAUAAUAUGAGCUCAGAGAUGAAUUUAAAACUACAACAAACAGAAAGCAUAACAGAAUAUCGUUUACGCUACAACUUUUCCAUUACUCGACACAAGAAAGAAUUGAACAUUUCUUAGAAGUAUUUUAAAUAACAAAACACUCAGGCUAUCAUGGAAAAAGAAGACAUCGAAGAAUUCAGGGAAGCGAUACAGAAAAUGUCUGACGAGGAAAGUGGAGAAACGAAAGAAAGUACAAACGGACAGGAUACACAGCAAAAACUCCUUGAAGAAUAUAAGCAACAAACAGCACAGUUAGAAAGGGAAAAAGAGGCAUUGAAACAAGAAAACUCUCUCCUAGCGAACAGCRUGAAUAAUGAAAAUGUCAACGGAAAMCAAUGCGCCGUUGAAGAAGGUCUGGUAACASAAUCCGAAAGCAAAGACGAAAAAGAAACGCUUCCUGACAAUGAUCAAGAUCUUGAUGAUUUGUCCUCAAUUUUCUCCGAGGAUGAAGAGGAUCUGAAGUCAUUGGUAGAAGGGAGUGAAACUAUAAGAAAGGCUCUUAAAAACUUGAGAAAAGAGCGCGACUUCUGGAUAGCUGAUACAGAAAGUGAGACAUCGGAUGAUUGUGAUACUUCAGUGAGCGCACGAAGCCUGAGAGGGUCUUCUGUUGAUAGAAUACAAAUAAGUAAACUUCUCGCUGAGAAAGAAUUCCUAGAGCUUAAAUUAAGUCAGGUUACUACUGAAAAAAAAGAAACAGAAACAAAACUCAAAUUCCUGGAAAAAUCAGAGAGCAAACGCCGGCAAGAAAGCACAAGAUUGAAUCAAUCGGAAAAUAUACCUCGUAUCGAGACUAAGAUGCAACCUUCUAAGCAAGGRAGUCAUAAGAAACAAAGAGAAGCCCCCAAGCYCCACAYACAGCACCACAAGAAAAAAGGCCAUGGGAUGAGCAAUGCAGAGCUCCUGCAGUUUUUACAAUCAAGAAGUAUUUCGCCACAAUUGGUAAAGGGUUAUGAAGAUGAUAUAGCCAUCUUAGCAGAGGAGAAUGCAAAAUUAGGCGAAAUUAUUGACCAUUUACAUGUCAGCCCCGAAGAAGACCAAUCUCCAAGGAUUGACCCKAUGGCAGCUUUUAUGGAUGCAUAUGAACAUCGCGUGCCACAGGAUGAGUACAUGCGUCUUGAAAGCGACAAAAUGAGGCUUGAACACUUAGUAAGAGAGAAGGAUCGCCAAAUAAAAGAGAGGGAUCGCAUAAUCGAAGAAUCAAAGUUUGAUUAUGAAGACGAACUUAAACUACUGAAAGAAAAUAUGAAAAGAAUGGAAGGGAAAUUGAGAGAGAAAACAAAACAAUUAAAUGAAUAUGAGAUACAAAUUAUUGAAAUGAAAAGCGMAUAUGAGGAGCAACUGGGAAAUGCUGAAAAUGACUUACAAAUGGUAAAUGACCAGAAAAUAACAUUAGAAGAAAUCAACGCCAAUUUAAUGGAAAGCAACAGGAAAUGUCAAAUUGAAAUUGAGAAUCUCAAAACAAGUUUGACCAAACUGAAUGCAAGAGAAAARGAGAUMGAAAAGCAAUACAAAAAUGAAUUAAAAAUGCUUGAAGAUAAAUACUUGAAUGAGAAUAAAGAGAAAAAUCAAUUGAGUGGAAACCUUGAGGGAUUAAUGUCCGAUUUGAUGGUUUUGAAAAACAAGCUCCUCGAAGAUGGAAGUAAAACUUCAAGAAUGAGGGAAAAUUUCGAAAAAGAAAGRCUAGAGUUGGGCGGUGAAGCUCUCGAUGUUAAUCCCAGGUUCGCUAAUUUGACAUUGCAUCUCAAAAACAGGGGUCAAGGCGAAAACACUCAACAGCCCACCUCAGAGCCUCUGGAAGCCAAUCAACAAUCAAUUGCCAUGGAAUCAAACGAUAUCAAUCUAUCASUACAGUCUGAUGCUAGUGGAUAUGCAAUUCUCAUCAAAGAACAGAAAGAGAAGAUAGAAAUGCUGGAAAAAGCCAACCAAGAUCUAAAUGAAAAGCUUCUUCAGUAUAAUGAGCAAGUGCAAAAUCCACUCCUUGAUGUUAACAAUGAAGCUCCGAAUCUAAGUUCAGAGCAAAGCAUGCACACUAGCGGUCAACUUGGAGUUCCAGUACUUGAGAAUAAACAUGGCAAUCAAGGCGAAGUCCCCCAAAGUCAGGAUGUCAAUAACAAUCUUUCUCGACCUUCAUCAGCGCUGAAGUAUGAAAAAGACGAGCUUGAACAGGAGAACAUGUAUUUGAAAAACAAGCUUGACGAUCUAGGAAAAGAGAAAAUGAAAAGACGAGAGCUUGAAGAAAAGAACGAAGAAUUGCAAGAAGAAGUCAGUCAAAUGUCUAAAAAGAGAAAUGAGCUGCAGAAAAAGCAAGAAGCCAUGAGUGGUGAAAUAGAUGAAAUGACGGAAAAAGUAGAAGAACUUGAAAAGAGCAAUGCUAAACUAACAAAAGAAGUUGAUCAGCUUACAAAUAAGAUUAAGGAAAUGGAAGAGAGUUUCAAUGAAGAAAAAGAAAACAUAACGAUGUCAUUUGAAAAGGAAAGGGAACGAAAAGAAAAAGAGUUGAAUAAAGCUUUCGAAAAAGAGCGGGAGAAGAUCAACGAUUUGGAAGAAGAAGUCGAAAAGCUCCAAAAUGAAAUAACUUCGCUGACAAAGGAAAAUAAAGAAUUGAAGAACAAAUAUAAUCGUGAUUUGGAAACUGCAAAGAAAGAYGACAAUCGACAAGUUGAAGAUGAAGUUAAGAAAAUGAAAGAUGAGAUAGCCUCAUUAUUAAAAGAAAAUAAAGAUAAUGAAACAAAAUUCAGCAAGGACAUCGAAAACCUUAAGAAACAACACAACGAGGAGAUCGCUAGUCUGGAAGGCAAUGAUCAAAAGAGCGCAAUAGAAGGUCAGUGGAAAAUAAAGCUACAACAUACAAUCAAGAAUUAUGAAGAAAAAUUAAAAAGAUCUGAAAACGAAAAAAAAGARCUUCUUACGAGACUUAAAGAAAAGGACAGUAACAUUUCGGAAGACGCACUAGCUGCUACCAUGAUAGAGAAUGUGGAAAGUUCAGAAUGCGCUUUUAGUUUUGAAAGUGAGGUUCCACUAGAAAGCACUAUGGAGUCAAGUGCUCAGUUAUUCACUCCAGACGAUGGCAUCUUGUCACAAGGAAAGCAAAGCAAAGACGAAACUGUUGGACUAGCCAAAGUUUUGAAAACAGAAGAAUACAAUCCGAAUACUGAUCAAGAUGAUCAUAAAGGACCUGCUUUGAGACCAUCGUAUUCAAUUACAGAGGUGCCUUUAGAUGAAGAAAUCGUCAAUGAAUUUAGUGAAUCUCUCAUGGACAUGAAAGAAACCCCAAGAGACACUGAGAAGAUUGACGAGGGAUUGCCAAGUAGCACUGGCAGGAUAUUAGACACCAGGAUAGAUGCCAGUCCUGCUCCUAUUCGUGACAGGCGUAAUAUUGACAAAGACGAGAUGGACGUAGAAUACACUUCGAUUAUUCCAAAUGUACAGAUACAAGUAGAGUUGAAAGACGAUGAAGGGAGAGAAAAGGAGUCAAACUCGUCCGUUAAAGGUGGAAAUGUGCAGCUUGAGGAACAAACUGUACAGCUUCAAAAAGCAUUAAAUGAAAAGCAUAAUGAAAUUSUACGCUUGACACAAGAGAUUGGACAGCUUCAGCAACAGCUGGUGGCGAAGAAUGGAGAAAUAGCUUUAUUACAAGAAAGGGAGAAAARUGCCAGCGUUGUAUUCCAAAACAAAAUGGAUGAUAAUACUAAAUAUUACCAAGAUCUUCUGGAGAAAUUAAAGACGACACUUCAAGGUGAAAAGAAGGAAUUAGAGGAGCGCUUGAAUAAAGAUAGUGAAGAAAUGCAAAGGCUAAUGAAAGAAGAGUUCCAAAAGAGUUUGACGUCCAAGAGCGGAGUACUAGAAAAUAAGCUGCAAGAGCUUGUUGYUGACAAAGUGAAAACUUAUAAAGAACAAAUCAAGAAACUUGAUGUCCAAUUACAAGACGCCAAACAAAGGAUAAAACAGUUUGAAAAGGGAGAAGACGAAGGAACCAAAAGACUUGAAAGGGAGAAAAAAGUUUUAAGAGCUACAAUUCAGGCCCUGAGCAAGGAACUCAACAAAGCCAAACAGGAGAGAAAAGAAUUGAAAAAAGAGUACAAAAAAGRUAAAGCUAAUAUGAAAAAUGCCGCUGAAGAAGAAAAGAAAAGUUUUGAAGAAUCACUAGAAAGGGCAAAAGACGUACAAAAACUCAAAAUCGAGGAAGAAAUGAGGAAGAAGUAUAGCGUUGAUGUUGAAAAGUAUGAAGAGAAAUUAGAAAGACUGAACGAAGAAAUUCAACAAUAUGAAGUAAAAAUGGAAGACAUGGUUAUCAAGUUCAAAGAGGAAAAGUUCAAACUUGAAAGCGACCUACAGGAUUCUUUAAUUGAGCUCGAAAGUUUGAAGGAGUCUCAGAAAGAAUUCAAGGUUACCUUGGAAGAAGAGUACAAAAGAAAACUACGAAAAGAAAAGCAAAAUAUUGAAAUCACCCUUGAAAACCUAAGGCAGGAGAUAACAAGACUKCGCGAAAACAGACAGCACCUGGAGGCACAACURCAACAAAACGCACACUACAAGCUUGAAAAGGAUUCUGGAUACACCACUACGCAUACAGCUGAAAACACGACUUUUACCAAUAAAGAAAUAUUUAACCGAAUCGAAAAUGAAUACCAGCAACAACUUCAAAGAGAGAAAGAAUACUACGAAUCUAAGAUACAUGACUUAGAAGAUGACUAUGAAAGCUUGACGCAGGAAAUUUCUCAAAUGAAAGCCAAGUUCCGGCAAGAACGGGUAGCUAUGAAAUCUGAGUUUGAAAAAGAAAAGUCAUUUUUGGARGAAAGAUUUGAAAGAGAAAAAAGAGAAUUGCAAGCAUCGUUGCAGUUCAGAUUACACAAUAUGAGAGAUCCAAGGAUGCCCCAGUUGAUUCCUAGAAAUAUGAAUGCUGCACAGCGGAACAUCAGGCUCCAAAGUGAGAUUGACAUGCUACAGCAGAAAGUGUCGAGACUAGAGGACCUGUCCCCGAGACUCAUAGAUGUGGCUCAGAGAACGUCAUACAACAACUCUCAUAUGGAAAACAACGCGCGAUUUCAAAGUUCGUAUCAAGGCAACAACCUUCAAGUUCCACAAAUAGGACAYCACCCUGCUCCGCAAUACCAGAUGAACAAUGAGAUGGUUCAUAGUCCCCAGAAGGUGAACAAGAGCCCAACCUUAGGAGGAAUCAAUGRAGGAGUCAAUGGGUCAUAUCUCCAGAGUGACGAAGUGGAUAAGAAAGCAGCAUUARGAGAUGACUUUCAAGAAGAAACUCAGAGAGAAUUCACAACAAAUGAGAGGGGUGGUAGUAGGGAAAAUUUAGAUGCGGAUGAUAUACCUUGUACCAUAGAUAAUGAAAGAAAUCAGAUGGAAAAUGAAUACUGGAUCUACAGCGAAGAUAGCAAAGCCAAAAUGACUCAGUCUCAAGAGAAUACAAAUUUGAGUCUCGACAGCUCGGACGAUGACGGUGAACAUAAUGGCCUUCAUUCAGCGCAGGAAAGCUACAGAAGCGAAAUUGAAGAUAUUGUCAAGGGAUUCAUCUUGGAGAAAGAUCUGAUGUCACAGGGACACGAAGAGGAAAUGCUCAGAAUGAAACAGAGCUUUGAUAGAGAGAAAGCUGAUUUAUUACGACACUUAGAAGAGGAAAGAGAGGUUUUAAGACAUAAUUCAAGGAUGACAUCCGUAACAAGUAAUGAGACUGGAUACAUAUCAGGGUCACAUGACUCAGACACUCUUCAUUUGAAUCUUUAUGGCGGGGAAAUUGCCGGUAUUUCAGGCGUAAAAAGGGAUUCUAGCGCCUUGACAUCUGCACGCUACGACAUUGACGAUAAUUUGGUAAAAGAUAUAGCAGAGGUUUAUCUGAGACUGAACAGUGGCAUGACGACAAGUCGAAUAAGACCAGACUUGGACAUUGAGGAUAAAUUCGAGCGUGAGAGAGAGAUUUUCGAGAGAAAAUUCAUAGCAGAAAAACGAGAAUUAAAGAGAAAACUCGAGGAGGAGUACAGUUAUAAACWAGAGCAAGAGAAAAGUCGUUUUGAAAGCCAAAUUCAAGAGAUGAAGUCAACAAUCACGGACCUACAAUGGCAAAAGAGAGAAYUGGAGAGUAAAAUCAGAAAUGAAAAAGAAAAAUGCGAGAUUAAUUUUGAAAGAGAAAGAAAUGAGAUUGAAAAGCGACAUUUGCAAAUGGUCCAUGAAAUGAAAAGGAGAAUCGAAGAAAAACAUUCUAAAGAUAUUGUACAUCAAAAGGACAAAUACGAAGAAAACAUUUCAGAACUCCAAGCUGACAUCACUAAACUCACCACACAGCUAAGGGAACUGAACGAAAAUCUUCGACAAGAAAAGGAAAUUAUCAUGAACAAAUUUGAGAAAGAAAUCAAAGAAAUGGAGCAAACUUUCUCCGAGCAGAGAAGCUCAAUCAAAUUGAGCUUGGAAGCAGAGUUUGCCCUUAAGCUUGAAAACGAAAUAUCAGUCUUUAAAACCAUAAAUAAAAAACUUCAGGAUGAUUUUGAAGCUUUGGAACGCGAUAAAAAAGAUUACGAAAGGAAACAAAAAGAAGAACGAAGGAAAAUCGAAGAGCGCUAUGAAGAAGAGAUAUCUGAAAUGGAAAAAAAGCAUUCCGAGGAAAAGCGCAACAUAAAGAUAAAGCUAGAUGAACGGUAUCAACAUAUGAUUACAAACGAGAAAACUUCUUUAGAAGUGACGGUCAAUGAGCUUCGAGAAGAAAUUGUUCUACUCAGACAGGACAAUGCGCAAAUUGAAGCCGCCUUUGACAACAGAAACGCUGAACUCCGCCGUCAGUUGGAAUUGGAGAGAGAUGGGUACAGAAAGAAGUUCCAUGAUGCUGAAAAUGAGAUUAAAAUACGACUAGAGAACGAGUUUAGUCAGAAAGUAAUGAAUGAGAGUUCUGGCCAUCUCGAGCUGGUUCAGCAGCUUGACAGAGACCUUGGGAUCAUGAAAGCCAGGUACGGUGAAGUCGAAGGAGCAAUGAUGGCAUUGCGUCAAGAACGAGAUUUACUUGCCAGAGAAAGAGACGAAAUGCAAAGAAAACUUAUGAAUAUGGAAUUUGAGAUAGAUAGGAGGAAGAACACUCCACGAAGUUAUAUAGAUGACACUGAGAUUGACAAGCUAAAAGAAGCUAUCAGAAAUAAAGAUCAAGAAAUAGCGAAUACGAAACUACAAAAAGAACAGAUUGAAAUUAGCAUGUCUGGUUUAAGAAGAGAAAAGAUGGAUUUAGAAGAUGAAGUAGCAAAGUUGAAAAAGUCCGUUCCUGUUUCUGGAAUAAUGGACGAAAGGCCAUUAAGGCCAAAUGUGGAAAACAGUGAGUUGGUAUCUUUGCAACAAAAUGCACGGCGUAAAGAUGAAGAAAUGCAAAGUUUGAAACGAGACAAGUUCGAGUUGGAUUCGCGUAUUUCGUCCCUACAAAGAAAAAACGACGAGCUUGAAGAUGAGUUGUCAGUCCUUCGGAGGAAAAAGCUUGAAGUUGAAGACGACAUUUCAUCCGUGAAGAGGGAUAAAGCCGACUCUGACAAUCAAAUCAGUGUUUUACGAAAAGAAAAAAUGGACUUUGAAGAAAACAUAAUCGCCCUUAAAAGAAAACAGACCGGACUAGAUGAUACAAUGUCUGUUUUACAAAGAGAAAACAUGAAUAAAGAUCAUGAGAUAGCGCUCAUGAAACGAACAGUUGACACAAUGACAGAUGAAAUUAAUGCACUAAAGCAAAAACUUUCAGGAAGCGCGAAAGAAAAUAUGCACGUACAGGAACUUCACACACCAAAAAGUGAACGACCAACGUCGAGACAAAUAGCAAAUGAAGACCGCCUUUUAAAACCACACGAUAACUACAAAUACAUGGAAGACCAAAUAACUAAAGAAACUGUUCAAAAUGUGUAUGGUGAAACGCAAAGUGGCUACGAUGAUUUAAACCAAUCAUUGCAAAGUAUUGAACAAGAUGUCGAAGAAUUAGUACGACAAAAGAAAGAUCUGGAACACUCAGUGAGAGAACUGACAGACAGCAAGGCUCAACUUGAACGAAACAUCGCAAAACUACAGAAACAACACGGAAUGGCUUCACAAGAUCACCGGCAACAACAAAUAACUCAAAGAGAAAUUGGAGAGCUUGAGACAAGAAAACAAGACCUAAAAUUCGAUGUUGAAAAUCUUGAGGAGAAAAAGGAAGCUUUAGAAAUAGGAAUUCGUUCGUUUGAACUCCCAAAUAGAUCGACAUUGCAMGWCGACUCCUUUUCACAAUCAUUCGUGCGAGAUGGAAAUGAAAUGAGCCAUGAACCUCGACAAAGAAACAGAAGAAAACAAGAAAGAGACAACGUUGUUAAUACAUUUGAUAUAUCUAGGUCUUGUAGCUCUCCAAAAAUACAAAUGUUUGAAAAAGACAUUGAAGAACUUGAGACAAAACGAGUGGAUCUUGAAAAUAUAGUAGCACAACUUGACGAACAAAGAGCAAGUUUACGUAGAGAGAUUUCUGAUUUGAAGUAUCAACUUGAAGAUGAAACUGCGACACAGAAAGAAAGUUUGAGUGACACCUUGGCAGGGCUUAAAGACGAGUGUACAGAUUUAGAAAACUGUAUCUCUAGACUGCGUCGAGAAGAAAGCGGAUUAGAAGGUCACAUAAAAGAUUUGAAAGUAACCGAACAAGACCUUAGCAAAAGAAUAAGGGAUUUAGAAAUCAGCGAGCAAAGAGUCCAAAAAGAUAUUUUGCGACUUAAAGACGAGAAGACAAAACUGGACAAUGACAGGCAGCAAACACAUGGAGAUGAGGACACAACCUAUGGAAACCAGACUCAACAAGGAACAGGUAGACGCUUUACAGGUGUUUCCCAAGUCAGCAUUGAGAGGGUAAGAAAACACGACAACAAAGAUCACGAGCUUGCCGAACUACGUAAAGAGAGAGACAGUUUGAAGAGAGAGAUUGCCAUACUUAGGAAGAACAUGGACGGGAAGAACAAUCACAGCUAUACGAACCAAAGAAAUACGGACCAGCGAAAUACAUCAAAUGAGAUGGUUUUUACCAACGACAUGAAACAGAUGGAGCACAAUGAAGUCGUUGCACUAAAAAAAGAAAGAUUAGAGAUAGAGAAAACCGUAGCCACGUUACAAAGACAGAAAACAGAAACCAACGCUGAGAUAAAUGUGAUACUGGAAAUAAAGAAACGUGAAGAAGACGAAUUAAACUCUCUGCGUCGUGAGCGCAUUGAGCUKGAAACUGCGGUGACCACUUUACUGAGCAAGAAAACAAGGCUUGAAGCUGAGCUAUCCGUAAUAACUGAAGAAAUGAAAAGGGACGACGAUGAGGUGAACUCACUUCGACGACAAAAACACGAAAUUGAGAAAGAGUUCUAUGACCUUAAGAGUAAAAAAACGAAAAUCGAAUCUGAUAUCUCUAGGGUAGAAAGCUCGUGGAAGAAAAGGGACCAAACAUCAAAAGAAUUCUACACUGACACAAAGGACAUAGAGAAUGAUUUGAAAACAAUGCGCAAAGAGCGCACUGAGAUCGAAUCAGAUAUCAAAAGGUUGCAGUCUGUCAGAAGCAGGGAAGAGCACGAGCUGAGCGUAUUAAGAAAGCAACUUAAGGAUCUUGAAUAUCAAAUAUCAGAGUUAAAAGCUUCUGAAAAGAUAACAAGAAGCCUCGUCGUAAAAGCAGAGAGAAAUAUCUGGGACAAGCCCUAUGCUGCACAAAGCAGUAAAGACGUAGACAUUCCUGAAACGUAUGACAAGGGAUCUAGUCCCCAGCCUCCUCUAUCUCCAGGGCAACGUGUGAGAACAAGUAUUGAGAUUCCUUACAUGGCAGUUCCUGGGCCUGAUGGUCGAUGGAGAAGAAGCUUUGAUGCUACUGAAAGCGAGACAGUUAUGAUUCCAGAAUGCGAUACCGAGUUUUUACAACCUGAAAGAUAUCAAUCAACUGAAAGUAUUCCUACUUAUAACACCUGGUUCACAGAAAGCAAUAAUCACGUGACGCCACAAUCAAAUCAUAAUCAGUAUCCUGGUAGUUCAUAUAACAACCAAAGCCAUCCACAAAGCAUUGCAUUCGAUGUAGGUAUUUCAACAAGCUGUCCCACCGGCGGAACUGAAAGUCAGGAACAACAAGUGCAUGGAAGUAGGCAGUACCCAGAUAUCAAACAUGAUAGGGUUGGGGAAGGAAUCACUUCCUCUCUAAGUUAUAACUCUCAUCAGCAUAAGGACUURACUACUGAGCAAAAACGCAGUCAGUGGGAGACUUCAAUAAAUGGUCAUGUAAAGGAGGAUAAUGAUGUCAUUUUCUUACGAAGAGAGAAAUAUGAACUUCAGUCACAGAUCAGCGAGCUGAGAAUUACCCUGACAAGGCUUCAAGCAGAAAUCAAUGAGCUGGAAAACCUUAAGAUGGUUAAUGAGACACUAAAUGUACAAAAUGGACGAUAUAAAGUACAACAUAGUGAAAUCGAUUUGCAGAAAGAAUUGAACUCAGAAUUGACCAAUGCUAGACUUGAGGAAACGAACGACAAGUUAAGGCAUGAAUAUGAAGAAAAGAUAAGGGAAUUGAAAGAAGAAAACUCAACACUAAAGCAAAAGGUUGGGCUGCUUGAGUGGCAAGUGGAGAAUACCAAACAGAAAAUGGAAAUCCAAGAAAUGAGUUUUAGAAGAGAAUUAAGUGCAGUCAAAGAAAAGUAUUCCAUGGCUGAAGGAACAACUGUCAUAGAUAUGGAAUCCAAUUCCACUAAAUUGAAAGAGUUCUAUCAGCACCUUAACUACUUGAUAGUAAGAGAUAUAAGCAGCGAAGAAAUACUGAGGGAAAUCCGUACUGCCAUCAAAGAAUUGGAACAACAAAAGGUUGUAAACUUCAAUCACAAAAAUUCAAGCUCUAGUAAAAGUUCGUAUUCAUACGAUGCCAAAACGACYACUAAUUCAAGUACKAGACUUGACAAUGAUGAGGCGAAAGCCGCUAAGGAAUGUGCCAGACAACUUAAAAUACAGUUGGAAAUAGCUGACAAACAACUCAAGACAUGUGAGAAGAUCAUCCAUCGUCUUUAUGCGGAGAACAGCGAUCUUAAUAAAAUGGUUCACAAGCUUGAAAGUAAACUAAAAACAGCUACAAGAUCAACAGAAAAGCUAAACCGAAAGCGCGUGCUACUGCAAAAACUUGUGGAAAAACUGAGCGGUCAUGUUGGCAAAGAUCAACUUCGUCAAUCAUACMUUGUGUUGGAACUUGAUAAAGAUAUUACUAUUUAAUAACUUAUWUAUAUACUAGCAUUUAGUGUACCGAUGUCUUUAUAUAUACACUAGAAUUUAGUGACAUUACAAAUCGUUUUGGUUUUAUUUUUUGCCAUAUAAUUAACAAUUAGACGAGGUCGAGUGGACUACGAGCUAAUAGCCUACGA